GUCACUCACUCCUCUCAAACCGACCUUUGUGCUUAUUCUGCUGCUAUCCUAGUCGUGCCCUUUUUAAUGGUAAACCGUGAUUUCUAGCUAAAAACCUUGCCUUUUCACUUUCUCUUCUCUGCUUAGCCGUCAUUGGUAACUGCUCUUUAUGCCUUUUUCUCAUCCUGUUCCAUGAUUUUGGUCUGGUCAGAUAUAUAUAACAAGCAUGCAUAUACCUGAGAGGGCUUUAUUUCUUUUGUUUCUUGAGCUCCAUUAAAGCUAUCAAACUUUCUCCCACUUAGUUCUCUCUGUUGUACUGUUAUUGUUUCUCCUUACAGAGCUGGAGACAGAGUACAAGAUUAUAGAUCAUAAUAUGAACAUCGUCAAUAUGAGUGAUAAAGACACAGAUUUUACUUCUCAUAGGGUCUCUUCUGCGGCUCUGGUUAUUGAAGAGCUUAAAGAGUUGUGGGGAAUGGCUCUGCCGAUAACAGCUAUGAACUGUUUGGUUUUUGUUAGAGCUGUGGUUUCAGUCCUCUUCUUGGGCAGGCUAGGCAGCUUAGAACUAGCUGGUGGUGCACUCUCUAUUGGGUUUACAAACAUCACUGGAUAUUCUGUUCUUGUGGGUCUUGCUUCUGGUCUUGAACCGGUUUGCAGUCAGGCUUAUGGAAGCAAGAACUGGGACCUUCUCUCACUUUCUCUUCAACGGAUGAUCAUGAUUCUCUUCUUUGCAAUCAUACCCAUUAGCCUCCUCUGGCUUAAUCUUGAAUCAAUCAUGGUUUUCAUGGGUCAAGACAGAGAAAUCACAUCAAUGGCUGCAACUUACUGUAUCUAUUCUCUCCCAGACCUUUUAACAAACACAUUGUUGCAGCCUCUGAGGGUCUUUCUCCGGUCACAGAAAGUGACAAAGCCAAUGAUGUACUGCACAUUAGCGGCGGUAUUCUUUCACGUACCGCUAAAUUAUGUGAUGGUGAUGGUGAUGGGGCUUGGAGUGCCAGGAGUGGCAAUGGCCUCUGUUUUGACAAACAUGAACAUGGUGGUUCUGCUGGUUGGGUAUGUGUGGGCGAGUGGACGGUGGGAGAUGAGAUGGACGGGUGGGAUUAGUGGUAUUUGUGGUGGUAUGGGUCCCUUAUUGAAGCUUGCAGUUCCUAGCUGCCUUGGGAUUUGCUUGGAAUGGUGGUGGUAUGAGAUAGUGACUGUCUUGGCUGGAUAUCUCCCUAACCCUAAACUUGCAGUGGCUGCUACUGGAAUCCUUAUUCAGACAACUUCAAUGAUGUACACUGUCCCCAUGGCCCUUGCUGGCUGUGUCUCUGCCCGUGUGGGGAAUGAGCUUGGAGCUGGUAAUCCAUACAAAGCCAAGUUAGCUGCCAUGGUUGCAUUAUCCUGUGCAUUCCUAAUUGGCAUCAUCAAUGUGACAUGGACAGUGAUUCUUAGAGAUAGGUGGGCAGUUUUGUUCACCAAGGAUGAUUUGGUCAAAGGAUUGGUGGCAUCAGUUUUGCCAAUUGUGGGACUCUGUGAGCUUGGUAACUGCCCACAAACUACUGGCUGUGGGAUCCUACGUGGCACGGCCCGGCCCGCUAUUGGGGCCCACAUCAACUUAGGUUCAUUCUACUUUGUGGGUACACCUGUAGCUGUGGGGUUAGCCUUUUUGUUCAAGUUUGGAUUCAUAGGGCUCUGGUUUGGACUCUUGUCAGCCCAAGUGGCUUGUGUUUUGUCAAUUCUAUAUGUUGUGUUAGUCAGAACAGAUUGGGAAGCUGAGGCCUUGAAGGCUAAGCAGCUGACCUCCAUUGAAAUGACUCCAUGCAAUGAAGUUGGUGAUGAUAAAGAAUACCAAAAGAAUGAAGAAAUGAAAGGAUUGUUGAUGAUGAAUGGAAAUGGCAAAGUAGAUGAUGUUUUGUAGAGAGAAAAAACAAAACAAAAGAAGUUUGCAAGCCCAUGAAGCUGCUCAACUUUACCAAACUGGUUUUUUGUUGUUUAGUGUACUUUGGAGGGAUGAAAUGACUCAUACUUCAAUUUUGUGUGUUUUUUUUUUGUAUUUUCAAUGGAAAGUUGGAAGCCUGUAAUCAAAGGCUGUUUGUGCCUUUGUGGGUUCCUCCCUCUCCCCAUAAAAAGUGUUUGCAUAUUUUAAGAAGUAUGGCCUCUCCAUCUUAAAAGUUAUUUUGUUCUUUA